AUGGAUCUAGAGGGCUUGUCACAGCUGCAGACCGAAGCGGUCAAUCCGCGAACGCGACAGAUCGACCAGAUGUCAACUCUGGAAUUGUGCACGGUCAUCAACCACGAGGAUCAACAUGUUGCUUCUAGCGUUGCAUCUUUCAUUCCUCAAAUAGCCCAGGCUAUUGAUGCGCUUACGCCUCGCGUGCGUCGAGGGGGACGAGUGAUCUAUGUUGGCGCGGGCACCAGUGGACGAUUGGGAAUCCUCGAUGCGUCAGAAAUCCCGCCGACUUUUGCCGCUCCGCCGUCUCAAUUCAUAGGCUUGAUUGCGGGGGGUGACGCCGCUAUUCGGCGGGCUCAGGAGGGUGCGGAGGAUAGUAUUGCAUCAGGGGAGGCUGAUAUGAUCGCUCUCAAUUUACGAUCGGAUCUCGACAGUGUGAUUGGCAUCGCUGCCUCGGGGCGCACUCCCUAUGUGCUUGGAUGUUUGGCAUCAGCGAAGAAAACCGGUUGUCUCACGUUGGGUGUUGCUUGCGCCUCACCGUCAGCAAUGAAUCUCAGCGGAAAUGUUGAUUUCAUGAUCUCCCCUCUGCCUGGACCGGAGGUUGUUACGGGAAGUACUCGACUGAAGGCUGGAACUGCCACCAAAUUAGUACUGAAUAUGUUGAGCACCGGCACCAUGAUCCGCAUGGUGGAUCUCGUUGCAUCAAACGAAAAGCUAAAACAACGGUCGCGCAAUAUACUCCGUCGACUAAGUAAGACAUGCGAUCUAAUGAAAAAUGCCGACCUGGACAAUCUGCUUGAUCAGUGUCAGCGAAGUGUCAAAUUGGCCCUCUUAGUCGCGGAAACCGGACUCUCUGUAGAGCAAUGUCGGUGCGAUCUCGAGUCUGCGAAUGGGGUACUAGCAAAGGCCUUGAAGAAGUCCACAACACAGACAGAGAAUGACUAUAUCAACGGUAGACAGUUUGCCCUCUGCAUCGAUGGCGGUGGAAGCAAAUGUGCUGCCGUGAUCAUAGACCAGACAGGAACGAUCAUCGGGCGUGGGAGGUCUGGACCAUGUAAUUUGACGGAUGGCCGCAGUAUGCAAGAGGUCAUAAGCAAUCUGGUUACCGCAACCCAGAGUGCCAUGGAUGAAUGCAAGAAGGAUCAAACAGUCGCAGCAUGUUCCCCUGGUGUAGCAUCUCUACAGGGAUGUUUCAAGACCGCCUGGAUUGGACUAGCGGGCAUGGACCGGAGCGGAUAUCGAGAAGAGCUAUUACCGUUACUUCGUGAGAAGUUUGGACUGCAUUCCCCUGGUUCUCUUCGUCUAAGCAAUGAUGUGGACCUGUUGGCUGCACUCAUGUCUCAACGUCCAGAAACCAGAUCCGUUAUUAUUCUAAUUGCUGGCACAGGUAGCGUAGCAAUGCGUUAUCAUCGGGACAGCUCCGGGGGGGCCACUCGCGUCGCUCGUUCAGGCGGCUGGGGGCACAUCUUGGGCGAUGAAGGAGGCGGAUAUGCGAUCGGACAGCAGGGAAUCAAACUUACUCUGGCAUGUCUCGAGGAAAGAAGGCUCGGGAUAUGUGAGGAGCGUCUUGGGGAGUUUGAGGAUGCGAUUCUUCGACAACUUGGAUGUCUCGUUCCCGACCCUAAUUGCAUUGAUCUUGUCAGUCAACUUUUGGCUCAGAACCAGCGACCGAGUACCAAAUCUCAGAUUGCAGCUGCCGCGGAAGCGGUUCUGUCUGUGGCAAAACAUAGUGAAAAAGCGAUGAUGAUCCUGCAUGACCAGGUUCGUCAUUUGGUGGAUCAUACGCUUGGACGACUUCUUCAUCCUCAAUGUGCUGGAUUUGUGUCCGACGAGGAAACCGGACUGGUUCUCUCAGGGGGAAUUUUUAGCCAUCCGACAUACCGGGAACUCUUCUUGGAGAGACUGUCUGUGAAAAGGGUGAGUUUCGCCUAUGUGGAGCGAGUUGAAGAUGCUGCCUUGACUGGUGCUAUUUCUUUGAUGUCAAAACCGCCAGGACUUUCGCCAUAA